GUAUGUCAGUUCUGCUCAGAGCUUCACAUUGUUCAGCCUUCUGAUGCUCUGCAGUUUGUCUUGCUUCACAGCGAGCUCCAACUCCAAAGCGGCCUCUCUGCACUGGACGGCAGAGCGAAUGCUGAGCGUGCUGCUGCUGGCCAUGGGCCCUGUCGCUUAUUUCAACCCUGGUCCUGUCAUCGAUUACUCUCUGGCUGCUGCCUUGACCCUUCACGGACACUGGGGUCUCGGGCAGGUGUUGACAGACUACGUUCACGGGGACACAAAGAUCAAGAUGGCCAACGCAGCUCUCUUCCUCCUGUCCACGAUCACCUUCACUGGUCUUUGUUACUUCAACUACAACGACGUGGGCAUAUGCAAAGCUGUCGCCUGCUCUGGAGCAAGUGAAUAUGACUGUGGGCCGGGACGCUCAGGAAGACCGAAACGCUGGUCCUGGCUGCGUGUUUAACAAAAGAAAUCAGUGUGUUCUCUGUAAAUAUCAUUUUGACAAUAUUUCAUUGAUUCAAAAGUGUUUGUGUUCAUUGAUUCAAGCUUUGUCUUUGUUUUCAUUGAUUGGGCUGUUCCUGAGUAACUGUGGGCUAAAUUUAAGCUACAAACACGUUUUAACAACACAGCCAUGACUUGAUCAAGUCUUAUAGAAUACAGCUGUCUAAGCUCUCGUUCAUUCUUUGUCGUUUGUGUCCUUUGUGUGGCUGAUCUCUUAAACAUGUUUACUUCCA